CGUAAGCACUUUUCAUAACGCAUACGCGCCCGUGCGACGCAACAUUGUUUAUUUCGCUAUACUGCUAUAAACCGUCGAAUACGACUUGUAUCUGUAUUGUAGUACUACGUUUUAUGAAAAAAUGGACUCUUCGGCAAGCCCUUCAGGUAAUAACGAAUGUAAUUGUAUUAUUGAAAAAUUACUAUUAAAGUCGUUUGGAUCAAAUACUUUUAUUGAAAAGCAAAAUAUUAUAAAUAACGGGAGACCUACACCAACACUUCAAGAUUUAAAAUCAAAAUGUAAAAACAAUUUUCGUUUCUUUAAUCCCUCUUAUUAUAAUACUAACAAAUGGUUGUCUGGUUGUCAAAAAUCGCAGAAAUUAUAUUGCUGGCCGUGUAUUUUAUUUUCGCAUGAAUCAAAUACUUGGUCUAAGUAUGGCUGCAGUGAUUUAAACAACUACCAUAAUUUAAAACAUCGUCAUGAAAUAAAUCGUUCUCAUAUUGAAUCAUUAAUUACUUUAAAGAAAUUCGGUAAUAUUAGAAUAGAAACAUGUCUUAGUGAUGCAUACAAACUAAGUAUCGAAAAACAUAAUGAGUCUGUUAAAAAUAAUAGGUACGUCUUAAGUCGAUUAAUUGAUGCAACAUGUUUUUUGGCAAAACAAGAGCUCUCAUUUCGCGGACGUGACGAACAAGUUACAUCUAUCAAUAGGGGAAAUUAUGUUGAGUUAAUACACUUAAUGGGUACACUCGAUCCAAAAUUAAGUGAACAUCUAUCGACAUCUACUGUUUUUUCAAGUUUCUCUGAGGACAUACAAAAUGAUCUCAUUCAAUCGAUUUCUAAUGUUUUAUUAAAAACUAUAAAAAACGAAAUUGAACAUACAAAUUUUGUUUCUAUAAUUAUGGAUGAAACAACAGAUAUUAUGUCCAAAUCUCAGUUAUCUACAAUUUUACGAUAUGUGACUAAUGAAGGGGUAGAAGAAAGAUUUUUGGGAUUUGUAGAUGUCAGUCAUGAUCGCUCUGCUAAGUGUUUAGCUGAGCAUGUUUUUCGUUUAUUAAAUGAAUAUAAAUGCAUAGAUAAAUUAGUUGCACAGACUUAUGACGGGGCUGCCGUCAUGUCAGGACAACAUAACGGUUUACAGACAUUAGUUCGCUCAAAAUGUAAAAACGCGAUAUUUGUACAUUGUUAUGCUCAUAAACUAAAUUUAAUAUUAAAACAAUCUGUUGAUUAUAUAAAGGAAUGUAAAAUAUUUUUCACCACGCUCUCUGGUCUUUCAUCAUUUUUUUCAAAAUCAACAAAAAGAAUUCAUGCACUUGAUCAAGAAGUCAAAAAGAGAUUUCCGUCUGUGGCUCCAACACGAUGGAAUUAUAAUAGUAGACUUAUUGAAAUGAUAUCUGAGUACAGAGAAGAAGUUUUAAAUCUCAUGAACUCAAUCGUAGAAAAUGGUGAAAAAUGGGACAGUGAAACAUUAUUGUGCGUUAAAGGAUUUUGUCAAACAAUUCAGGAUUUUGACUUCAAUUUUUUCCUUAUAAUAUUUGGAAAUAUUUUACCGCAAGCAACUAUACUUUUUAAUAUAAUACAAACAAAAAUAUUCGAUGUGACUUAUUGUAAUAAAAAAAUAUUUGAUUUUUUAAACCAUUUAAAAAAUAUGAAAAAUGAUUUUGAUCGCGUUUGGUUGAAAUCGGAACAGUAUCAUACAGAUUUACCGUUAAGAUCGAAAAGGCAAAGAGUGGCUGAAGUAUCUGUAGAUAGAAAAACAAAUUACCGAAGGCUCUAUUUUGAAAUCAUCGACGUAUUAAUUUCAAAAACUAAUGAAAGAUUUACAGAGAUAACUCAACUGACUUUUUUUUCUUUAUUAGAUUUUUCAAAAUUUGAACAGUAUAUCAACAAAUUUCCUACAAAUUCAAUGGACUCGUUGAAAGAUAAAUAUGGUGAAUAUUUUGAUUUUGCAAUUUUACGAAGUGAACUUUCUAUUAUAUACUCAUCAACUGAAUUUCAUAAAGUAAACAUUCAUGAACUUUGGAUAUAUCUCAAAUCUACUGGCUUAUCAGAUAGCCUACCACAGGUUACAAAAUUAACAUCAUUGAUUGUAACCAUUCCAGCAACAAGUGCAGGAACUGAACACUCAUUUUCAUGUUUAAAGAGAAUAAAGACACAUCUCAGAAACUCCCAGUCUCAAAAUAGACUUUCAGAUCUGUCUCUUUUGGCAAUUGAGAAGCGAUUGUUGACCACAGUUCAAAAUCAAAAUUUAUUUUAUGAUAAUGUAAUUGAUGAUUUCACUAAAAAAACAAGAAGAAUCGAUUUGUUAUAUAAAUAAAAUGUUUUUAUUAUUUAUGAUGAAUUUUUUUUUAAAUAAAAUUGUAAAAUGUAUAACUAAAUUAACUUGUACGUAUCAGUGUUAGUGUGUGUGUGGGAGGGGGGGUAAUU